UUACGAAGUUAUCAAAUCGUUUCAAAUACGAAAUACCAUAUUUUCAUAUCAAAUCGGAGAAUACAGAUUAGAAGAAAACGCUUACUGUAUUGUGGAGUGAUACUGCUCGGGCGGCACCCUUGCAUACAGGUUUAUGAGCAUGUAUAGCUGCAUUUGUGUUGUACUUAAUGAUACGGCUAAAAUAUUGGUAUUCUCUUAUUGGUCUAACGCUUUUAGCAGCCCGGAGUGCGUGCGUUUUGCGUCUCUGCGUGUUUCCCACUAAAAGUCCUCGUUUCUGCUUCAGUUGGUCAACCAUUUAAACCAUCAAACCGUUUUCCAUUGGUAAUUGUAUACUAUGGGUUUGUAUUUAUUAAUGUUAUAGCCCAUCGGUGUACUGUUAUUGGCAAUUUGUCGCUGCAACGUGUUUUCAUCGGCUAUAUAACUACUUUGAGGUUUGUCUCUGUUAGAACUAUGACAUAAAGGCACUGUGGUCAGCAUUACCCGCGUCUUGAUCCAGCAUAAUCCACAGAUUGUUUUGUUAAACAAAUGCUUUCCCUGUUUUUAUGUUACUCUCAGAACACAGUUUCUCCAAACUAUCUCAACUCGAAAACAGUGGGUCACCUAAAGGUUUCCAGCAGAUAUUAGAACGCAACCUAAUCUCCCUGCCGGGAGGAUACCUCUGCCGUAGCCGAAAAAACAUCAGGAGAAGGAAACAAAAGUAGAGCUAAUGUCUGAGUCUGCAAGUACCAAUCUCAGGCUGCACUUGCAUUCGUGACAAAUAAGAGGAGAUAAAGAAAAAGAAAAAAAGAAAAUGUAAGGUGGCUAGGCAGCGACCCGCCAGCUAGUUAUGAAGAUGACAUUGGAAAACGCGGUAACUUGGACGAGAAAUUAAUGGAAUUGACGGAACAACACGGCAGUACACGACGAUCAAUCCAGCUUAAGAUAGCAAAAUCGGAAAUCGUGACUUACGAAAUGGAAGAAGAAGGGAUGGAAAAUUGAUUCUGUCCAUAAACAACAAGAAAUGAGCAGCGUUAGCCAAAUGCAAGCCCCAAUGGGAGCCGCCACGUCUUCUGGAGGCUCUGAACUUCGUGAGGUUUUGAUUGACAAGGCGCGUGAGCUAUUCAGUCUAUGUGACAUUGAGACCAAAGGCUUUAUGACCAAACGUUGCAUGCGACGACUUAAUGGGGAGAUUCCGUUAGAUCUCGAUCAACUGGAAGAGGUCUUUGAUCGGCUAGAUAGGGACGGAAAUGGAUUUCUAACGCUCGACGAAUUUACCAACGGCUUUGGUAUGUUUAUGGGUAUUGACACUCGUCCAAGAAAAAUGUCCUCUUCCCAGGAAGAAAUGCUUGAGACCUUUCAGGAAUCUAGGGGCCGCAUCCGUCAUGUUUCUUUUGUGGAAGAAGUCGAUGAAAACGAGGAUGUGGACAAACAGUUUGAAGAAUUUCUCGACAGAUUAGGAGUUCAUCAGCUCUUCAAAGAUGAGGACUAUGUUAAACUCAUGUGGGGUCAUUUGCGGACCGAAAAUCCUGAUAUGCUCACCAAUUUCGAGGAAUUUCUUCUUAAGGUUACUGGGAACAUCAAAAAAACGGAAAAAGAAUUUACCAGUCUCGAAAGCGCUCUUAUUAAUCGAAAACAACAGCAGGACGAGGAGGUUCAAAAAUUAUAUGAGGAAAUGGAGAUUCAACUGAGGCAAGAAAAGGAACGGACCUUAAACGAGGAACGUAAACGACAGGAUCGCUUACAAUCAGAGCUGGCUACGGAACUUUCGAACAAGGACUUUAUUCUGCAAGAUCUCAUGUCAAAGCAUUCGCAACUGGAACAACGGUUCAAGCAAAUUAAUAGCCAGGAUACAGACAUUAGAAUAAAGAAUGCCAAGCUCGAAAAGGAGCGCGACACGUUGAAAAAAAAGCUGAACGAGACUGAAGCAAUUGUUCAAAAGAUGCAGUCUUAUAUGGUAAGCCUGCGACAACAGAGCCUUGACGAAAAACGCGCAAGAGCCCAGUCAGCUCUACAAGCCACUGAAGCCAUGGUCCUGGAGAGGGAGCAAAUGAUCAAACAGCUUGAGAUCUUGAGAACAAUGAAUAAACAGCUGUUGGAUCAAAAGGACGAAAUCAACUCUCUGUUGCAACAGCACCAA